AUGAGGCUCUCUUGGCUGGCUCAUAGUGAAUCAAAUAACGGCAGACUUCGCAGCGAAGGAUGCCUCCAUGUCCGCCUACCUAUCGGCAGCCCACUAACUCCUACAAAAGUUCUAGGCCUACGAUAUUCGGCAGAUCCCAGGUCAGAAAACAGUCACGCCGAUGCACUCUCGUGUUUAGCUUCGGCAAUAAACGAUAGGAUCGGAAGGAGGGUGCUAGUGGAGAUAUUAUCCCAGCCAAGCACGAGAACUGCUGAAGUCCCUAGCUCGUACGGUACGAGGGCACAUGGAUGUCUCCAAUUUAUGCUUUCCUAA